AUGGCUUCUAAACAAUUUCCUUCCCAUGUCUUCCUAGUUUGCUAUCCCGGCCAAGGACACAUCAAUCCCACUCUAAGACUAGCCAAGAAACUCGCCGUCGAGGGCCUUCUUGUCACCCUUUGCACAGCGGCGCAUUUUCGCGAAACACUGCAGAAAGCCGGAAGUAUUCGCGGCGGCGACCAACUCACUCCCGUCGGUAAUGGCUUCAUCAGAUUUGAAUUUUUCGAAGAUGGGAUCAUAGAGAUUAAUCCCAAAGAUAUGAGCUUAGACCGUUUCAUUGCCCAGCUCGAGCUCUCUGGCCGGCUAUCGCUCGUCGACCUGAUAAAGAAGCAAACCGCCGAAAACCGCCCGGUUUCUUUUAUGGUCUUGAACCCUUUUUUUCCGUGGACUUACGAUGUUGCAGAGGAGCUUCAAAUCCCCUAUGCCGUUCUUUGGGUUCAAUCUUGUGCUGUGUUCUCAAUUUAUUAUCAUUACUUCCACAAAUCCGUCCCGUUUCCUACUGAAAUUGAUCCCACAGUCGAUGUUCAGCUCCCGAUCUUGCCACGUUUGAAGAACGACGAAAUCCCAAGCUUCUUGCAUCCGAAGAAAACCUAUGGCAUUUUGGGAAAAGCUAUGUUAUCCCAAUUCGGUAAACUAUCGCUAGCCUUUUGUGUUUUGAUAGAUACUUUUGAAGAACUGGAAAAGGAAAUCAUUAAUUACAUGUCAAAAAUCAUUCCCUUGAAACCCAUCGGUCCAUUGUUCUUAAUCUCCCAAAAAUUAGAAACAGAGGUCUCUCUUGACUGCCUAAAAGCAGAGGAUUGCAUGGAUUGGCUAAACUCAAAGCCCCCACAAUCCGUCGUCUACGUUUCAUUUGGAAGCGUCGUGUUCUUGAAACAAGAACAAAUUGACGAGAUUGCUUAUGGGCUUUGCAAUUCAGGAUUCUCAUUUUUAUGGGUUCUGAAACCACCGUCUGAAUUUUUUGGGAAACAACGCCAUAGUUUGCCGGAAGAGGUUGCGGAAAAAAUAGGGGAGAGGGGGAAAAUAGUGCAAUGGAGCUCACAAGAACGGGUUUUGUCGCACGAAUCAGUUGGGUGUUUUGUGACGCACUGUGGGUGGAAUUCGUCAGUGGAAGCCGUUGCCAACGGCGUUCCGGUGGUGGCGUUCCCGCAGUGGGGGGAUCAAGUGACCAACGCCAAGUUUUUGGUGGAGGAGUAUGGAGUUGGAGUGAGUCUGUCGCGAGGAGCAGAAGUAAAUGAGUUGAUUACGAGGGAUGAGAUUGAGAGGUGCUUGUCGGACGUCAUGACCGGCGGCAGUACUGGAGAUAAUGUAUUCAGGCAAAAUGCUUUGAAAUGGAAGAAGAUGGCUGCGGCAGCGGUGGCGGACGGCGGCUCCUCCGCCCGAAACUUCCAAGAUUUUGUUGAUAAUAUUAGACAGAAAUGA